AUGGCAACCGAAGUCAGCCAAGCGGAACAAAUGUACGACCGAAUUCGACGAAACAUAUGGAAAGACCGGUCUCUCGCGAAAGACGAUGAUUAUGAGAGACGACCGGGUCUUGAUUGCCUCAUUUUUGCUCAAAGGAAGAAAUAUAUCAGAAUGUUUCAGCUAUGUCUACCUAAGUCAACAAAUGAGCAUGAAGAACGCCUGAGUCUCGAGCUAAGUAGGAGUAAAAGAGCGGCUCGGGAAGCAUAUGAGAGCAUCGAGGAUGUUGUAGAGAAGAACAUCAACAACUCGCUCUGCGCUCACAUUUUAAUAUCACCACACUUCCUGCUUUGA